CAUAGGCCCCAUCGAUUCAACACAACUGCAUAUAUAAGCACUUACUAAUAAUAAAGCACUGUUUGUAUGUCAUUUUCAUGGAGUGCUAUCGCUAAUACAUAUGGCGUGUCAAGAGGAAAAGCCAAUCAUCUAUACCAUGGAAAACAAGCCGAUUGUAACAUGUGCUGGAGAUCAGGGCUUGUUUACAUCUCUUUAUACCUCAUUGGCUCAACAGCUUCCCAGAGAGCCAAUGGAGUGGAGGAGGACUUAUGGCCGUGCACCAAAAAUGAUCCACCUUGAAGCUAAUUUUGUCCAGUUUAAAGAGGAGUUGCUCCCAAAGGAGGGCAACAAGGCUCUUCUCACCUUCCCCUUCCUCCACAUCUACUGGACUGACUGCUGUGAUACAGAGAUGUAUAAGAGCUCUGUGAAGGAGGACAUGAUCCGCUGGCAGAACAGUUUGAGGACCCACGGCUCGACGGACUGGGUCAUCAUUGUCGUGGAGACCAAUGAUACUAAAAAGAAGAACAAGACGAACAUCCUGCCUCGCUCGUCAAUUGUGGACAAGAUCCGCAGUGACUUCUGCAACAAGCAGAGUGACAGAUGUGUGGUUCUGUCAGAUCCUCUGAAGGACUCUUCUCGAUCUCAGGAAUCCUGGAAUUCCUUGCUGCUAAAGCUACGAACUCUCCUCCUCAUGUCCUUCACUAAAAACCUGGGCCGCUUUGAAGAUGAAAUGCGCACACUACGAGAGAAGCGCACCCAGCCGGGCUGGAGCUUCUGUGAAUACUUCAUGGUCCAGGAGGAGUUGGCCUUUGUUUUUGAGAUGCUGCAGCAGUUUGAGGAUGCCUUGGUCCAGUAUGAUGAGCUGGAUGCUCUUUUCACCCAGUAUGUCCUUAACUUUGGAGCUGGAGAUACUGCUAACUGGCUCGGCUCAUUCUGCGCACCAGUGCGUAACUGGAGCGGUUUGUUGCUUCGGCGGCCCAUAGACAUGGAGAAGAGGGACGGGAUCCAGCGUGGAGAGGCCAGCCUGUUAGAUCUGAGAAGCUACCUUUUCUCUCGCCAGUGCACUUUACUAAUCUUCCUCCAGAGACCUUGGGAGGUCACACAGAGAGCGCUAGAGCUGCUCCACAACUGUGUACAGGAGCUCCGCCUGCUGGAGGUGCAGGUCCUUGAAGGGGCCUUGGACUGUUGGGUGUUUCUCAGCUGCUUGGAGGUUCUGCACCGGAUCGAGGGCUGCUGUGAUCCAGCCCAGUUAGCUGCAAACUGCUCCCAUACUGUCGGUCUCUGGGCUUAUGCUACAGAUAAGCUCAAGUCUCUGGGUGAACUCUGUGGCUUGGUGUCACAAAAGGGACCCACUUCUGAGGACCUGAACAGGACUGUAGAUCUGCUGGCUGGGCUGGGAGACGAGCGGCCUGAGACUGUCAACAGUUUGCAGAGCCCUUACAAAAAGCUGAAAGAAGCUUUGUCGUCUGUCGAAGCUUUUGAAAGGCACUAUCUUGAACUCUCUCAUGCUGCUAUGGAAAUGUACCGGGCCAUCGGCCGGCUUCGGUCUGCCAGACUGGUGGGAAAAAGCCUGGCUGAGUUCUACAUGAGGAAGGGCGAUCCCGAGCGGGCGGAAACCUUCUUACAGGAAGCUCUGAAGUCAUAUGUAUCAGAGGGGUGGAGCCUCCCUGUGACCCACACCAGGAGACAGAUUGCUGAGUGUCAGAAACUGCUGGACAAAACUGAAGCCUACUUACAAACCAGCGCUUUGUUGGCUGGUGACGUAAAUCUGACGACAGAGGAGAGAAAACACUUUUGUCAGGAAAUUCUGAGCUUUCCCGGCAAGUCUGGAGACAAAUCUCACAAAGUUACCCUCAGCAUGGGUGUUUUUGCGCAGCUCACACAGCUACAGUUCCAUCCAGCUACAGCCUCGGUGCACUCAGGAGCUGUCCUGCAGGUGGAGCUCACUCUGCGGUGUUUGAUGCCUGUGUCGGUGCACAUACAGCAACUAGUUGCCAGCAUUCACUUUGACGUCGAUCACGGAGGGACUCACGGGAGGCCUAAGGGAGCUCAGAAACAACCGCACCCCGGGACAGUAGUGUUUAAUCAGAGUAACUCAUCAGUGGGUCCUCCCUCCUCCGCAGUCACUGGGCCUUCGUUAGAGCUGGAUGAGAUUCAGGACAGGAGUCCUUCGGACAAUUCUCUCAACUCCACGGGAGUGAUAUGUAAAAACACUCACUUGCUCAUGCGUCGUCAUGACAGCAACUCGCCCCCAGACACCCCUAACUGUAUCAGCCCCCCUACUGUUGCCAUUAAGGAAGGAGCACAGAUGCUGAAGGUGCAGGAUGUAAUAUUAGAGCCUGGGAACAACAGCAUCACGUUCACUGCACCAAGUGGACAACCAGGUACUUACACACUGCGUCAGCUGUGUGCCACAGUCGGUGAGGUGCAGUUCAUCCUGCCUCAUAUCUACCCAUCGGUCCAAUAUGAAGUGUAUUCUCAGGAGCCCCAGCUCACUGUGGAGCCUCUCUCAGAGCCACUGUUGGCUGGUCUGCCUCAGAAGGUGAAGUUUACUCUGUUGACGGGUCAUUACACUGUGAAGAAAGGAGAUGCCCUGCAGCUCAGCAACACAGAAACCAUGCCCAUCCUGCCCUCCACCAGCUGCACCGCCCAAAUCAGUAGCCCUACUUCUGAGUUGGUGGGUGAAAGCACUUUGUCCAUUCAGUCAUCUGAAAAGGUGACGAGCAUCAGCCUUCCUCCGGCCCCUCCCUACCACACUCUAGAGUUCCAGCUGGAGGUUUUGUGCAUCAUCCCGUCCGGGGCCGACCGGCCCGCCAAUGAGAGGCUGACCAACGGAGAGGUCCGCCAUCGACCACGCAGCUACAGUCACCCCGACACACCAAUGACCGCCAUCGACCAGAGGAUGUCUAUCGACUGUCCGUGGUCGAUCUACUCCACGCUGCUGGCCCUUACCUUCUACAUCCCUUUCAAGACCAAACACUCACUGCUUUCUGCUGGUAACAGGAAGUACAUCCAGGUGUGUGUGCAGAAUGUGUCAGAUGUUAAUUUUACACUGGCAGAAGUAAAGCUGAUAGAGAAGCAGCACGCAUCGCUGGAACUACAAUCUCUCAACACUAAAACACAGCAGCUUCUGUGCUGUAAGCACAGUGUGUUCUGCUUGUGGGAGGUGAGGUGGAAGGAUGACCUGCCCUCCUGUCUCCAGUGUGUUUUCUCUGCCAACUUUUGUCCGCUCAGCCAAGACACUUCAGCCUACAAACCCUUCCACUACCAGUUCCAGCUUGAGAGAGUCACUACAUUGUACAGUGUGAGAGCGGAAAUCUCCCCUCCUGCCGGUGAGCAGUACUGUCGCUCUGGUGUCCUCUGUGGACUUGAGAUGUGUAUAACACGACUGACUGAACCAGCAGAGGGAGAGAUUGCAGAAGAGAGCAAGACCGACACCGAUGGCCCCAAAACCACCAAGCUCAUGUAUGAAGUGGCUGACAGUAGCAGUAACUGGGCGGUGUGUGGGAAGAGCUCAGGGAUGGUGGUGAUGCCAAUGACAGCGAGCGCCACCCACAGAGUCCAGAUCGAGGUGAUGCCUCUGUUCGCCGGACACCUGCCCUUCCCCAAGAUCAAAGUGCUGAAGUACCUGCCUCACACCGCAGCAGUGGCCAUUCAGCCAGACACCGACAGCUGCGUGGAGAACGACAGCCUGUCCCUGCUAGACAAGACGCUAGACGACCAAGGGGACACGGCGAGCAUCCGCAGCCGGGGCAGCAUCCACUCUGUGGGCAGCGGCGACCAGCAGCAGAAAGGCGCGGCCAUGCCGCGUCUUGAGCCUUUCAGCCCCGGACAGGUGUUCAACCACAGCCACGCACGCCAGGUCCUGGUGCUGCCAGCAACUGACGACCACAUCAUGGAGGUCAAUGCUACAUGACCCUGGUGACAGCAUCACCAACAGCCUUCAUGUAGGACUGAACCCAGGGCCUGGAUGGACUCUACUGAGAUUUUAAUCUGGGACAAAUCGGGUCCAUGAGUCCAUUUCUGAGACCGCUGCAGGUUGCCGGUAUGGACUCAUCCCUAAGCAUGACAUGUUCACCUCACUGGAGACAUUAUGGACUAGACAGUGAAGAGCCAAUGACAUCUGCUGAUAAAUUUAAAUAAAGAAUUUUCUUUGCCAUA